AUGAAGGUCAAUAAUUCAGGUGAGUUUUCUGUCAGAAAAGAACCUGAAGCUGUGAGCGCUGCUUCGUUAACUGUUCGAUAUAAAUCCGUCCACGCUCAGACUGAACUCAGAUCAGCUGCAGGAUUCAGAGUCCUUCAUCUGAUAUGUGGUCAGCAGAAAGUAAAGAAUACAUGCAGAGAGAUUCACGUCCGUCUGUAUGUCAACCUUCAAGAUAAAAAAGGUACAAGUUCACUCAGCAAACACAAAACAAACACCAUUAACAGGUUAGCCCCGCCCACCUCAAACUACCCCAAACAAUCCCCAGAGGUCGAGAUAAAUAGAAGCAAAAUAUUCAUGUUUCCACAGAAGAGUAUAGAUGUAAAUCAAAUCUACAGAGUUCAUGCUGUUUACCAGGACAGAAAGUCAUCCAGUGUUUUAUUUGGCAAGAAGGUGGGAACACCUGUGCACAGGUAA